UUGCCCCGUGAAUGACAACAGUUUUACACGUACAACAAAGACGCCGGCUGGUGAAACUGAAAAAUAUGUGUAAAUCUUCCACCUAACGGACAGGAAGUAACCUAAUAUACAAAAAAAAAAAAAAAAUAUGUCCGCCGCGAUGAGUAGCAAAAGCACACUGGUGUCCUCCGUCAUCUCGGGUCUCCUAAGCCUGGUCCUGUUCGCCACAUUGCGUUUCUGCGCCGACUGGUUCAACGACUCGCAGCUUAAGGUUCUAUUUGGCGGAUACCUCUUCUCCUGGCUGUUUAUCCUAAGCCUAACGUGCAUCUCGAACACCGAGAUGGUCGUCUUCGGCCCGGACUUCCAGGCGAAGCUGCUACCGGAAAUUCUCUUCUGCCUCUCACUUACGGUGGCCGCCGCAGGAAUUGUGCAUCGCGUCUGUGCCACAACUAGUGUCCUUUUCUCCCUGGUGGGUCUCUACUUCCUGAAUAGGAUCUCCUCAAAGUAUUACUCCGUCCAGGUGUCCACCGUAGACGCCGCUGCGGCGAAGAAGGGCGGAAAGAAGUUUAAGUGAGCCCGCGCUUCAAUUUCAGCCUGGGCUUUAUGUGCUAACUAAAACAUUCGAAUAUCUAUAUUAAACUUUAAUAAAUAACAUGCUACUAUAACCUA